AUGGGGACGCGAAUCGAGGAGGGGACUUGGGGUGCCGAUGUCGUGAUCGAUGGGCCCCUCUUUCCUCCGUCCCUCGGUUCUCCACUCGGAGGACCAGAAUCCGGAACGUCCACCACGCCCUCAGGCAAGCACCCGUACCCGAAGGUACUUUCCCCGGACCAUCCGCCACUGACCCGGAUCCCUACCGGCCUGAAACUGACGCACACAAUCAUGCGCGUUCCUGAUCUUAUUAGCAACGACAACGCAAUCUCGCAGCGCACACGCCAACGUCGCACGUCGUCCACAGCGAUAGCUGCAUCUGCAGCUUCUUCAUCACAAUCAGCAUCACCAGAAGUGGAAAGUCUACCUCCACCGAUCUCAACCAGAGCCGGUCCACCAAGCAAGAAACGACGUAUAACGCAGACAGCGACCCAUCUCACGCGAAGAAAACGCGCAGCAACAGCGUGCCAGUUCUGCCGUCUUCGCAAGACGAAAUGCGACAACGUCCAUCCCGUGUGCGGGUUCUGUCGACAUCACCAUGCGACCUGCGUGUACGGCGACGAAGGGGAAGAUGAAGAAGGAAGAGAGAUGGCAGCCAGUGCUGCCCAGGCUCAAGAUGAAGGCAUCGCUAGUUCAGUCAUCUUGGAAAGACUAGAUGAGAUUAAACACUUGCUGCAGAGAACAAGAAGCCUCUCGAAAGACCAGCCGGCGUUAGUGGAAGCUGAGGUACCUCAGGCGGAAACCCAUCAUAUAGGUGGGACCCAGGUUCAUCAGCUUGGGGAAAAUAGUGAACCUCAUGGUUACUUCAUGGAAGAUCAUGACCAGCACCGCGAAGAAGCUACACGCACGCUGUACUCGGCCCUCCGCUGCGAGUCUAUGCUCCGGUGGCCUAUCUUCGAAGGCAUCGUACCAGAGGACGACGCACGAAUAGAAUCCUUUAUCCUGGAAUUCGGCACCGAAAUGGCCGAUAAUGGUCUAAAUCAGCCCAGCAGUUCCUCAACGGUCAACGGAUCAGGUAUCCAAGAAGAUGCUUUCGUCCCCCUUUGCCGGAAGUUUCUCACACAUGUUCACCCCCGUAACCCGAUCCUCGAGAGCAACGAACUAAUAGCCUACGCCAAACAAGCAACUGAGUACGGCAUCAAGUGGGAUGCUUCAUCCUGUCUUGUACUCCUCGCCUGCGCCUUGGCAAGUCUAACAACUCCCUGGAUCCCACCGCAAGAAACCGCAUCCGUGACCCAAAUCGACGUAUCAGAGACUCCUCUCCCGCCAAUACUUGAACCACAGGACUGCGGCAUCGCGGAGGCGUACUACCUCGCAGCAUCCAAACGCAUCGGCCUUCUAGGUCCCUCCAUCGUUGACAUACAAUGUCUGUUCCUGGCCUCCAUGUACGAAAAGUGCCGCCUUCGGCCACUACGAGCCUGCUUCUACAUCCAGCAAGCCUCGACAAGACUGCAAGCUCACUUGCUCCGGCGAGGACGACGGCCAUGGAGGGGGCCCAGUGGACGGGAAGAGCCGACACAGCCCCUGGAGCAACGACUGUUUUGGUCUUGCUUCAAGGCUGAGAAGCGUCUUUCCACUGACGAAAGUAGCGAGAUCCUCCCGACUUUGGGUCUCCGACCAAGCGGCCUAGAGGACUUCACCUACCCAGACUCCUUCCCUGCGCCUCCUUCAACACUCUCCACGGCAACGGUGUGCACCAUCAGCGUCAACGAGACACCCGCGAAUCCCUCAGACUACGCCUGGUCCCCAUUCUCAGACUCUCAACAACGCCUGGAAGAAGAACGCAGUUGGCUUUACUACCUCGCCGAGAUCUCCCUCCGGCGGACGAUCAAAAACACCAUGUCCGUGUUAUACCGAAAAGGCGAGGCCUACUGGCUGAGGAACGAGGAUUUAUUAGUCCGACAAUACGACGAGUUUGAAAAGGAAAUUUCGCAAUUACACUCCCAUCUUCCGCUCCUGAUCCAAUUUACCGAACACGACUACCCAGAAAAUGAACUCGCAUUCUAUCUCCAAGGUCGCUUCCAAGGAUGGCGCGAAUCAACCCUCCGCCCGCUUCUCUACUGCGCCCUCCACGGAACCCAGGGCCGUGGCCAACACGACCAGAGCCAGCAGCACCUGACGAACCCGCGCGUGAUCCACCUCGCUCAAAAAGCCGUCGACACCUGCGCCGCCAUGAUCGUCAAAACGGCGCACCACCACCGCCACGGCGGAAGCUGGUUCGUCGCCCGCCGCGCAUUCUCCUGCGCCGUCAUGGUCCUCGCGGUCGUCGCGGCAGGGAACCAUCCUGUAGAGCCGCCAUCGAACUGGAAGUCUCUCGUGCGGCUUGCGCUGAGGGUUCUGAGGCGAUGGGGUAGAGAGGCGCGUGAUCUCGAGCGCAUGCGGGAGACGCUCCAGCGGCUCUUUCACAGGGUGCAGCACAAGGCGGGCUACGGGGUGGCGGUAUGA